AUGGCCGAUUCCUCUCAACCAGCCUCCGCCGCCGCAGCUCCAUUUCCACACAUCCGCAGCUGCGAAUCGUGCCGCCAGCGCAAAGUGAAAUGCGACCGCCGCCAGCCCUGCUCGCACUGUACGCGGUCGGGCCAAGACUGCGUCUACCCAGCAGGGCCGGGGCGGGCGCCGAAACGGUCACGCCGCGCCGAGAAUGCACAGCUCAUGGACAAGCUGAGCCGGCUUGAGCAUAUCAUCAAGCGUCUUGCAUCCGAGAACAAGGGAGAUGCUGAAGCUGCCGUAGACCAUACUUCUGAGGAAGAUGUGGACCACACUGAAGCGACUCCUCAUUCCUCCAGACCAGAUAGCGAAGACAAGCAACGACCGUCCAAAUCGGCGAGCGAGACGCCGAAAGCCUCGGGCAAGAAUGCCUCGUCCCUUGAUGUUCAGUUCGGCCGUCUUGUGAUCAAUGAUUCCAAGAGCUAUUAUGUCGGCAAUGUGCUCUGGGCAAACUUGGCAAACGAAAUCCACGGCCUCCGCGACAUGGUGAAAGAAGCUGAAGACCAAAGCGACGACGACGAAACCGAUGUGCAACCCGUGCCUCCAGCUCAAGCUUGUGAUUCAUCGGGAGCCAACGCUGCUCUCUUCGGCUUUCGCGCACUUGCAUACUCCUUGCUCUCAUUCCACCCCUCUCUACCACAGGCGGUGAACCUGUUUGCAGUCUUCACUGAGAACGUGUCACCGGUGAUUCGCCUGUUCCAUAUGCCAACGCUGUCGAAGUCAUACUGGGAAGCCAUCGCCUCCCUCGAUUCCCUGGACAAGAACACAGAAGCCCUCUUAUUUGCCAUCUACUACUCCACGACAAUCAGCUUAUCGAAUGCCGAGUGCUUGUCACUCUUAGGUACGGCGAGAGAUGCUGCCACAGAGAAGUACCGCUUCGCCGUCGAGCAGGCGCUGGCCAGGGCGGACCUCCUCAACACACACAGCAUGGUGCUCCUCCAGGCCGCCGUCCUGUUCCUGUCAGCCCUGCGGAACCAAGACGACUCGCGCACCACGUGGUCGCUGACGGCCUUGGUCUUCUACGUCGCGCAGAGCAUGGGCCUGCACCGCGACGGCACCGUCUUCGGGCUGCGACCGUUUGAGACGGAGCUUCGGAGGCGGCUGUGGUGGUACAUCUGUGUCCUCGAUGGCCACUCGUCGAAAUACCAGGAGCACGAGGCAAACCUCCAUCAGUUUUUCUCCGACACUAAACUCCCUCUGAACAUAAAUGACGGCGAUUUGUUUCCAGACAUGACAGAGGCCCCGCCUGAGAGGGACGGCUGGACCGACAUGAUGUUUUGUCUGGUCAGAUGCGAGGCUAUCAACACUGCUUCGAGCACCAAGCUGAUCGGCCCUGGGCUUCAGAGAGGGCCAUGGAGGGCUGGUGGGGACAGCAAGUCCGCUGAGCUGGAGGUGGAGGAGCGAAAAGCGAUAGUGCAAAGCUUUGUCGAAAGAGUAACUGACAAGUACCUGCGCCAUUGCGACCCGUCAGUGCCGGUCCUCCUCAUGUCUUCCAUGGUAAUCAAGCUCAUCUUCGCUCGCUUCUGGCUCCUGGUGUACCGCCCCCAGCCGGGUCCCAACAGCAACGACACAAGCCGCGAGACCAGCGCGACACCGGCGGAUGCACGCCGCAGCAGCAGCAGGGGCACGACGCCGUCCGACCAUGAAAGCAAAACACCGGUCGACGCAGAGACCCGGCACAAGCUCUUCAUCAUCUCCGUCGAGGUCCUCGAGCUCUCGACCACCAUCCUCACGCACCCCAAGCUCGUCAGGUGGGCGUGGUACUCGAGGACCUACGUCCAGUGGCACGCCAUCGGCUACGUCCUGGCCGAGAUCUGCUGCCGCCCGCCGUCGGCCGAGUGCGACCGCGCCUGGGCGGCCGUCAUGGGGGUUUACGACUCUGGGAUACUGCGGACGAACGAGCCCAAGGGCGCGGUGUGGAAGCCUAUCAGGCGGCUGAUGGCUAAGGCUCGGAUUCACGAGGAAUAG